ACAUCCAAAAACCCAAUGCUCAAAAUCCCGACUCUUCCUUGUAUAAAUAUAUCUACAAGUUAAACUGCUCUGCUGCUCCCAUGAAGGCGGAAGCUAGGAACAACUACAAGUAGGCAGCACAUUUUAAAAGAGUGAAGCAAUGUUAAGAGCAACCCAUCUCCCGCCCGUAGCAUCACCAACUUUCUUUGCUCUCAGGCAAUCUUUGAUUCCAAGUCUCAGCGUCUCUUCCUUAGCUUGUUAUUCUCUUCACAGACUCUCCACAUUUUCUCCCUUUCACACUUUCUUCUCCAAACCCCUCACACCCACUCGACCUUAUCUUCCCCCGCUUACUCUCAGGCUAGUCUCUCCCAUGGUGGGUCAUCCACGACUCAGACCAUCAGCUUCAUUUAAUUCCGAUAGUGGCUUUGGAGAUAGCAGAGAAAUAUUGGUACAGCACUUGCUUCUAAAAGAGGAUGACCAGAAGCUCUUGUUGGAGCUUCAACAGAAAAUUGCAGGAGGAGAGGAUUUAAGUGAUCUUGCUGUUGAAUACUCAAUAUGUCCAUCCAAAGAAAAUGGGGGAAUGCUUGGGUGGGUGAGAAAGGGGCAAAUGGUACCGGAAUUUGAGGAGGCUGCAUUUAGUGCACCUUUAAACAAAGUUGUUAAAUGUAAAACUAAUUAUGGAUGGCACUUGUUAGAAGUUCUAUCUGAGAGGGAAGAAUCAUUGCUUAAAGACAUUCAACCAGAGGAGUUUCAUGCAAAAAUGCAAGAUCCCAGUUUCAUUGAAGAAGCUCAGUUGAUAGAUGUCCGGGAACCUGAAGAAGUGUCCCAAGCUUCUUUGCCAGGGUUCCAGGUUCUUCCUCUCCGCCAGUUUGGAAGUUGGGGACCAGAAAUAACUAGCAAGCUUGAUCCAAUGAAGGAUACAUAUGUCAUGUGUCACCAUGGCAUGCGGUCAUUACAGGUUGCCAAGUGGUUACAGACUCAGGGAUUUAGGAAAGUUUUUAAUCUAUCUGGGGGAAUACAUGCGUAUGCAACCAAGGUGGAUCCCUCUGUUCCUACUUACUGAGAUUAUCUCAUGCAUCCCUCGCUCCUCUUUUCAAAUGUUUUCUUCACAAUUUUGAAAACUUUACCCUUUAUGAUUGGGGUGGAUUUGAAUAUCAAAGCUGUAAUAAUGCAUCAAUCUGCUUUCCUUUUACAAAAUAUGCAAGGUUCUUCAGGAAACACGUUUCACAAGCCAUAUGCUGCUUGGAAAUGGAACUAGUCCAUAGUUUUGGUUUGGCACUCCUAGAUGCAGAGUUGCAUUGACAAUAAUUAUGAAGUUGAAAACUAAAAACUUUAGUCACAAUCUAUUGUUGCCUUUUUUCCCCUUCAAAA